UGUCCGGUGGAAUAAAAAGCACGCCUCUUUCUCUCCUUCCUCGCGACUCUUUCUCCUUGUCACUUCGUAGCAAUCACGUCACCGCCGUCUACUCCCCUGCCUGCUUCUCCGUUUCCCAAGUCUCCGUUUUCUCUUGUUUUCUUCUCCCAGACGUCAGUGGCCCUCUCUUCUCCAUGAAUCUUUUCCUCACUCUCAGUCGCCGGACUCGUCUCUCAAUAUGCAUGGCUGAGUAGAGCUGCCACUAUUUGGCAUUCCUGGACAGCAGCAAACUUCUUCCUAUUUGUAAUGUAAUAUGGAAAGGGAAGGCAAACAACACAACAAUGAGUUUAAGGUUCUUCUGGGGGAAUCUCGUAGUGCAACUUCGAUUUAUUCCCAUACUAACCUCGUCGGUGCCUUUCCGGACUCAGUCCUCAUAGAGGAUAGGGACAAAAAGUCUUAUCAUUCACACAAGUUUACUAACUUAUGCAAUUCUUCUCAGGCGUAUGAGAAUGGAGGCAGCAUGGCAAUCUUUGGUAACUUGAGCUUCUCAAAGGGCCAACCAGAUCAGAAACUUCAGAGCAAUGGAAAGCUUGAUAAUAAAAAUAAUGGUUAUAAAGAAGCACCUGCACUUUCUUUUGAACAAGAUGAGCUGAACUUGUCGAAUGACAAAUCACUAAUUCUUGCAUUUGAGAAAUUGAGAUUUAACGAUUGUGUGAUAUCAAAGCCAAGCAUGAUUACCUCAACUAAGUAUGACCAAACUUCUCCUAAUCACACUAUCUUCCUGAAUGAACAGUACUCAAACCAACCUUAUAACUCUUUAUUGGGAGUCAGUUCUGUACAACCAUCCAUUCCUCCAUCAUCUACUAGUCUGUAUGGACCUAAUUUGUCUGGUAAUGAGUUAGAAGGAUACCUGUCUUUCAUGAGCAGAGAUGGUUUUAAUAAAUAUGCAGGAAAGAGAGAUAGUCAAGAUGACGUAGAGCUUCUCAAACUCAACAGCUGUGGAUGGAAGCAGCAGUUGGAACAUAUACCAGGUAAUCUUAUGGAGUGGAAGAAAAGCUAUCCACUGGAAUCUGGACGUAUGAGUAAAAACCCCGGAAUUCAUGCUCAUCAGUUGUUCUCCAGGUUCCGUUUUCCUGGAGCAGAUUUAACAGCUUCAGCAAAUAGGCAAUACUACUUGGCUUCGCAAAAUCUGAGACAUGUUCCAUGUCAGCAAUCGAGCUGGUCAGCCAUGGAGGAUCAAAAGUGUCAUAAAAUGCAUGACCAGUAUUUUUACUCACAACAUCUCCCAGCUCGAGAACUUGAAUUCUGUCAAAUUCAGAAUAAUACAAAUUCAGUUAUGAGUCCUUUGAGUGGAAGCAAAGAAAUUUCAUACUUUGAGAUGCCUAACCCUCAGCAGAUUAAUCAGAGGAAUUUUCAUGCUUCUGAUAGGAGAUGUAGUCAGUUGAAUGGUUCAGUGACUGGCAGUGGCUUUUGUGAAUGCUAUCCUUUGUGUGGGACAGGUGAAAAUUGUGGAUUUGCACAUUGUGUGAAGCAAAUGUCAGUAGAUGGUCUAACUUGUCAUGCCAAAGUUUCCUUAGGUCACCAUCUUUUGGAGAAUGUUGAACAAGGUUGUCUUCCUGAAAAUAAUUUGACAAAGUCACAUUUAGUGGACCUGCCUAGAUCUCUUAGAUCUUAUUUCGGUACAACUGAUCGAUCAUCACUCUUUGCUGAAUCUAAUAGUUGGAAAUUUGCUAAUGGACUUCUUGAUUACCCUAUUGUUCUGUCUCCUGACAAUUCUGAAAUUGUGAAGGCCUCAAAGUCAAGGCAUAAGAAUUAUGAUCCAAAGGAUGAUGCUUUUAAAGAAAUCUAUUUCAUGGCAAAGGAUCAGAAUGAUUGCCGUUUCUUGCAGAAGAGAUUAAUGGAAAAUACUGCUCAACAUGUUGAGAAGAUUUUUGUCGAGACUAUUGGCCACAUUGUUGAACUCAUGACUGAUCCAUCUGGAAAUUAUCUUGUCCAAAAGCUUCUUGAAGUGUGCACUGAGAAUCAAAGAAUGAACAUACUUUAUGCAAUUACCAGAGAUGGCGAUGAACUCAUUAGAAUUUCAUGCAAUAUGCAUGGAACCCGGGCUGUACAAAAGGUAAUUGAAACGCUCCAGACUAAAGAACAACUUUCAAUGAUUGUUGCCUCUUUGAAGCCUGGUAUAGUGAGAUUGAUGAAAGAUAUCAAUGGUAGUCAUGUUGCAGAAUGCUUCUUGCAUCAUCUUUCACCAGAAUACAAUGAGUUCAUUUUUGAUGCUGCAACUGCUCAUUGUGUUGAGCUUGCAAAAGAUCGUCAAGGCUGUUGUGUACUUCAAAAGUGUCUUAGCCAUUGCAAUGGUGAACAGAAGCACAGGCUGAUGUAUGCAAUUUCAUCAAGUUCAUUUAUCCUUUCUCAGGAUCCAUAUGGGAAUUACGUGGUGCAAUAUAUCCUUGAUGAGAAGGUUCCAUGGGUCACUGAUCUAAUACUGGACCAACUAGCAGGUAAGUACAGUUGCCUAUCCAUGCAGAAAUACAGCAGCAAUGUGGUAGAAAAAUGCCUGAAAGUAGCUGGAGAGGAGCAGCAUGCUAAAAUUAUUCAUGAACUGAUGAACAAUCCUCUACUGCUCCAAACCUUACAAGAUCCAUAUGGAAAUUAUGUGAUUCAAUCAGCUCUUAGCGGAUGCAAGGGGGUUCUUCAUGCUGCUCUUGUGGGGGCUAUCAAGCCCCAUGUUACAACACUCAGGAAUAACCCUUAUGGGAGGAGAGUUUUGUCUAGUGCUGGUCUAUAAAAGUAAUAUGUGCCAUACUUCUGCAUCUGAAUCAUUCAGGCAUCACCAUUUUUCUUUCACAGUGCAUCCUAGGAUCAGAACCACUUCUUAUACAGGGUUGCAGCUGUAAGUGCUUCGAGAAGUGUCUGUCAGAUCAAAAAGAAUGAACCAAAAACUUGUAUGCAUGUCAUCCUUGGGAAAAGUUUUGGCAAGUACCAUGUCAGACAAUCUUUUGCUAGGUAGUUUUUUUAUCUCAAUGGUCAAUAAAUUGUAUACCUGUGUAGGAAGAAGAGGAGCAUAGAAUGAUACGAAGUGUGUUGGGUGAACAGUGUUGUUAAUUAUGGUAUCUAUAUCUUGGCCAUGGUGUCAUUAACUUUC